UCUCGCAUCGCUUGUUCUUUUUUUGCUUUCUCUCUCUUUGUGGAGGCAAACCAGCUUCUCUUAUUUACAAGGGGGCUUGCUUUUGCUGUUGGCUACAGGUUACAGGUUUUGGAUAUUUGCUUUUUUUUAACUGACAAAGAAAUCAUUUUAGAUUGAAAAAGGCUUGUAUUCACAGGGAAUGCUUUUGCACAGAAGCAUCCCCUGGUUUUCAAACUCAUUUCUCAUCUGUUAGUCGAAUUCACCGCCCACCUCAUCUCGUCUUCUUCUUUCAGUGUUUGGUUUCUUCACUUUAUAUUCCCAGUCCUUUGAUUCUGUUCAUCUCUCUCUCUCUUUUGUCUUUUCUGGCAGUCUCUCUCAUUUGCUCCCUCCUCACCCCACCUUCCCAACGCCACCUCCUUCUUGCCUCUCUCAGUUGCAGAAGAUGACUGCCACGGCAAUUCAAUAAGAGGAGCGGACAGCGAGUGAAGCACCCACCACUUGCUAAGAACAAGCGAAGGAGUGGCCAAAAUUUAAAAAAGAAAAAGAAAAACAGAAAAAACUAAAAAGAAAAGAGACCGCAAAGAAGUAGGAAAGGUUCAGAUUCGAGGAAGUGGCAGUGAAAAGAGAGAAGGAGAAAGGGGAGAGAAAGCAAAGGAUAAACGGUGGAUGGAGGCGGUUCGGACCGGGGUUACGAAGCUCUCUUCACUGACGAAGAAGAAGAACAGCAGCAGCAACAGCAGCAGGGGGGACAGGAGAUGGAGACGAAAGGAAGAAGCAUGCCCCCAGACGUCAGUUUCCUUCCACGCCCUGCGAUGGUUUGGUGGGAACGAGGCAUCCAGGUGCUGUUGACCACCAUGGGGGCCUUUGCGGCAUUUGCUCUCAUGACGGUGGCCAUCGGCACAGAUUACUGGCUGUAUGCCCGCGCAUUCAUCUGCAACAGCACAGCCAACUCCUCCCAGGAGGAUUCCUCCAGCAACAAGGACAAGAAAGACCCCGGGGCUCUCACCCACUCUGGCCUCUGGAGGAUUUGCUGCCUUGAAGGCUUGAAGAGAGGUGUGUGUUCCCAGAUCAAUCAUUUUCCCGACGACGCAGACUAUGACCAAGAUGCUGCAGAGUAUCUGCUUCGUGUGGUUAGAGCUUCCAGUAUCUUUCCAAUCCUCAGUGCCAUAUUGCUCCUGUUGGGCGGCGUGUGUGUUGCUUCCAGCGGCUUCUACAAAAGCAAAAGGAACAUUAUUCUCGGAGGAGGAAUUCUUUUUGUAGCAGCAGGGCUUAGCAACAUCAUUGGCGUGAUAGUAUACAUCUCUGCAGCUCUCAGCGACAUUUCUCCAAAGAAAGAUGAGGAUAAGAAGUGGCACUACUCUUAUGGCUGGUCAUUUUACUUUGGCGGUCUGUCCUUCAUCCUGGCUGAGAUGGUUGGAGUCCUGGCUGUCAACAUCUACAUUGAGAAGAACAAGGAGCUGCGCUGUCGCUCUCGCACUGACCUUUUCAAGAGCACCACCCAUGCCAUGCUGCGUCUGCCCAGCUACCGCUUCAGGCGGCGCUCCCGCUCCAGCUCCCGCUCCACUGACCCACCUCGUUCACAGGAGACUUCCCCCGUUGGAGCUUCCAAGACCUUCACUCUUCCUCCGUCUGCUCCUCCUUUCUCCGUUGCCACUCUGCCCAACCCACACCACAGCAGCAGUGGCGGGAGUGCUGGAGGUGGUGGUGACAUCUCCAUGUACACCCUGUCAAGGGACUCCAAGCUGGGGAGCCUGGGAGGAGGCGCCCCGCCUCUCUACGGCACAGUGGACCGGGCCACGCUUUAUCAGCUUCACAAUUACUUCCCGAAAGAUUCCAGCGGCAGCAGUGGAGGCGCAGGAGGAGGGCCGGUGAUAAGCAGUGGUACGCUCCCAUCUCACUCCAAGUCCAACUUGGCGGCUGCAGCAGCUGCUGCUAAUGCUGCCCCACUGAAUACCUCCACCGCAGCUGCUGCGCCGGCCCCGUCAGCCCCAAUCUCAACAGCUACAAUGGAGCGAGACAGGGGCAACGUUGGAACCCUGGACCGGCUGACAGCCAAAAGGGACAGGGAUAGCAACUCCGAUACACUUAACAGGAAAACAACACCUGUUUAAAGUGGAACCUCACAGAGAAGGGCUAGAAGGGCCUCAAAAAGUAUAAAAAGUUAGGGCUUAAAAUGGGUGGGCAACAUUUCAACAGUAAGGGUUUUUGUCCUUGAGUCUGGGAGUAUCUAGCUGCCAUAGAUAUAAUAUCAUAAACAGUCAUAAAACACCGAAUACUCUGUGGACAUUGAUGACAACUGCCUGCCUUAAAACCAUCGAAACAUUCAAGUCAGUGUUUUAUUCUGUUUACUUUUGUUUUCUCUUUUACUAAACCAAUUGUACAAAUCUGAUCAAAUAACCCCAGGGACAGAAUAGAACAGUUCAUACCUUUAAUUGCCCUGGUAUGAAUCUGUAGAGUUUACUCUUGUAACGUCCCAUCUGGCUUUUAUAAUGUCCGCAAGAGUCCAAAAACACUCAAAGAUGACCAAUAAUAAGACGUGCCAAGAUGAUACAAGCCAUAGUUUUGUCACAUGUCUGUUCAAAGGAACAGAAUGUCACAAAUUAUUGCCACGUGAAGAGCUUUUCAGGGACCAAUUCUAGAUCCUAAGUAGCUGCUUGACCUCUGGUCCACAGAGUAACACCUCACUCACAUCUGGCCUAAUGUUAAUGUCACACAAGGGAGCAGUGUGACUCACUGCAAGACCAUUUAUUUUUAAUGACAUGUUAGAGAAAUAAGUGCGUCCAGGACAGACUUCAAGCUUCACUUUGAAUAGUUCUGUACACUCUAUCACACUGCAUCUGCCUUGCUAAAGCUUUCCUACCCUUUGAGCUUUUUCACAAUUUCUUUGUUUAUAGACACAAACUUUAAUGCAUUUUAUUGGAGUUAUAUGUGCAGCUAACACAAAGUAAUAUAUAAUUGUGAAGUGAAGCCAAAUUAUGCAUCUGUGGGGGAAUUCCCUCAUAUGCAUCUUUUUAAAGAGUGUUACGCUGAUAAAAAUCAAAAAAUUAUUCUUACACUACUAAAUGAAAUCCAGCGAUAUUAACUUCCUUCAGAAUUCACCUAAUUACUGAAUAAUUUGUGAAGCUUAAUGUCACUGUUGAUACACCUUUUCUAUGCAGGCUUCACGUACGUAUAGGGAGAUAUUGCUGAGCAACUGCUAUUAUGACCCCCAUCAUGUUGAGCAUUUCAGUUCCUUUUUCAAUCCAUGAUCUGAAAUAGAAACAGAACAACUGCAAAGUUGUCACGACAUGGAAAAGCAGCCAUGACCCAUUGUAACUCUGGAAUAGCACAAAGUUGACUUUUAUUGAAAAGGUGCAAGAAAAAAAAAGUUUAAAUCAAAGCUUUCAUAGGACAUGUUUUUGGCAAAUUUGAAGGAAGGUUGUGGUUAGGUGAGACCAAAAAUGACUUAAAUCCAAAACACAAUAGCUACAAAUCACUAUGUCACAGCAUCCUUUAAACACUGCCCACAUAAACAUUGUGGUAUCGGGAUCAUGCUAUGGGAAUUCUUUUCAAUUCUUUUCAAUACCAAAUCUAGCCAUACUUUUCAG